AUAGAAAAGAAAUCAAAAAACAGUAUCCAAUGGAAGGGUGCCGGACCAGGAUGUAAUUCAAGAGAAAUAUCAGAUCGCCUUGUUAAUUUGAAAAAAGAGAUUGAAUCUCUAGAAGAAAAAGAAAAACAAUUGGACAAACACAAAAGUUGGGUCCAACAGAGUAUUAAAAAUGUCAUAGAGGAAGUUUCUAAUAGUCAGUUGGCAUAUGUUAGUUAUGAAGAUAUUUGUAAAGUGUUCCCUGAUUGCACGUUGUUAUCCAUACAAGCACCUUCAGGGACGAAAUUGAGAAUUCCAGAUCAAAAAGGUAAUUACCAAAUCUAUUUGAAAAGUAACUCUGGUCCUAUUGAUGUAAUGUUGGUGAACAAAGACAAUGAAGCUUCAGCGCCUGAAGUCGAUCAGUUGCCUCCUUUCCAAGACGACACAAAGAAAAUGGAAAUUCUACAGACCUCAGUAAAACAAAUCCAGAAUCCUUCAGUUCUGGAUACAAAAUGUGUUCUGAAGACACCGCAGAAACUGAAAAAAAAAUCUCCUGUGAAAUCACCUCUAUCUCCUGCCAAUCGAAUGGCCACAAGAUCAUCUCCUCGGAAAGCUGCUCAAAGUCAUAAUCCAGUACAGAUAUCACCCCUUGUUUCAGAAAGUCUUCCAAUCUUCCUUGGUGGUUCUAAAUCAACAUUUGAUGUGGAUGAUGAAUUUGAUGACCUCAUAUCAACAGAAGGCUUGGAACCCCUAUUGCGUCUGAGUCCUCCA